CAUGAACCCAAAAACGCACACACACUGGCAUGCUCGUGACACGCGAGCCAACCUAAGCCUUGCCCGAGUGGCACCUUGAACAUCAUAUUGAGCUAUUGUAUCCGACUCGGAGUUCCCCAAGAGUUCUCAGUGGACGACAUCCUGAAGUUGCUCUGCAGUACCGUACUAUGUCGGUGGCACAUGAUCGUCAAUCUCAGCACGUUCCGGGGACCAUAUUGGCUGCGCUCUGUAGAACAAGUGGCCCUGUAGGUGCAUUUCACUGGUUGGUUUACUUGUGCCCGAACACAGAAAAGGGCGUCAUCUUCCACGCCUCCAGGCCAGUGGAUGGUGACCGCGAUUCGGAUCAGUGGCGAUUCUUCACCUCCGAGUGGGAUCCCUUCACCUCACAGAGUUGCCUGACCCUGGCUCUAAUCGGACGCGUCGACAACUUCGAUCCGGGGCACCCCUCUCGCUCGGUCGACGCAAUGCGCGAAUGCCUGCAAGCAAUUCCGAUGGUUAUACCACCACAGGAUACAGGACGCGAGCUGAUGUUCACCUGCAGAGUGUGGUUCCGCGAGGCUCUGCGUCGGCUCAACGCACAUGAGGCGUUCAGUAUGAUUAUGGGGCCCGAGGAGAUGAUGGAAAGUCUGAGGAACAGGACCAUCGCCGUACAGUACAUGAACCCAGGAAAGCAGGCCCUCCCCGUCUUUUUGCAACUCCGGCCUCGCUCUGCAUAUCGCACAAUGUAAUCAAUACACUCAUCUUCAUCGAAGACAGCCCAGACAGUCUGACGGACAUACGCCAGUCGGGUGUAGGGUCGCAGACCCAAUGUCAUCGCAUUUCAUCAGUCUGGAACGUAUGGACAUGAGCACGAAGAGCAAGUGAUAUGAGGAAUAACUGAGCGUAGAUCGUG